AUGGCAACAAUGCGUGCAAGACACAAAAUCCGAGCUCCCCGUCGGGGGCUCGUGUCUUCCCAAGCAGACAGCUAUGACUCAGUCUGGGCUGCCAUCUCAGCCUCUUUGACAGAAAUCCACACGAAGAACGCCUCAGCCCUUUCCUACGAGGAACUCUAUCGAAGUGCAUACAAAAUUGUUUUAAUGCAGCGGGGUCAAGAUCUGUACAAUCAUGUGAAGGAACAUGAGCAAAGUUGGCUCCAUGGAACAGUUCAAAGAACCGUCACAGACUCCAUUUCAACAAUUCUGGUGUACGCAAAUGCCCCCGAAUUAGAUCAGUCCAACGAGCGGCGGGCUGCGGGGGAGAAGUUUCUCGCUGUGCUGAAAGAGGCAUGGGAGGAUCAUCAGCUCUGCAUGGGCAUGAUCACUGAUGUUUUGAUGUAUAUGGAUCGGAUCAUCGCCUUGGAUCACGACAAGCCAUCCAUCUACGUGAUCUCCAUGGCACUAUUCAAAGAUAAUAUCUUGAAUGUAACCGUUCGUCCAGACAGUGACUUGACUGUUAUGGAUGUAUUGAAGUCGACCAUUCUUUUUAUGGUUCAGCUGGAGCGGGCAGAUCAUAUGAUUGAACGUCCGCUAGUUCGACACUGCAUUCAAAUGCUGGAGGGUCUUUAUGAAACAGUCAAGGAGGAAGAGCAUUCCAAGCUCUACUUGACAAUAUUUGAGUCUGCUUUCUUGGAAGCAAGCGCGGAUUUCUACAAAGUUGAGGGGCGUCGGCUACUGGAAACUGGAGACGCGGCAAAUUUCUGCCGGGUUGUCACUAAGCGGAUUGAAGAAGAACAUGAGCGGGCUCGAACCACACUCUCCAUGCUGACGGAACCAAAAAUCCUCUCUCUUCUCGAUAACGAACUCAUUCUCAACAACAUCGAUGAAGUCGUGAAUUUAGAAGGCACCGGUGUCCGACAUAUGCUUGACCAGAACCAAAUGGAAGCUCUGAAGCACAUCUAUAUGCUGAAUGCACGAGUGGAUAAGCAGAAGAUUGCGCUGACCAAAUCGAUCAGUAAACGAAUUCUGGAGCUCGGUAGAGAGAUCAAUGCUGCAUCUAUUGUACUUUCGGGCGCAAGCACAGUUCAACCCGAGAGAGACACCGCCAAAAGCAAGAAGGGCAAGGAAAAAGACCGACCAGCCAACCAGCAAACUGUCUUGGCCAUUCAGUGGGUCGAUAGUAUCCUGGCUCUCAAGCAGCAGUUCGACAAUGUUUGGGAAACCGCGUUCCUGCUUGAUCAAGGCCUUCAAAGUUCUAUAAUGGCCAGCUUUUCUGAGUUUAUUAAUCUGAACUCCCGAAGCUCUGAGUACCUUUCGCUUUUCUUUGACGAGAACCUCAAGAAGGGUAUCAAGGGCAAGACUGAGGGCGAGGUUGAUUCCUUGUUAGAUAAUGGCAUUGUCAUGCUGCGAUACAUCAAAGACAAGGAUCUAUUUGAGACAUAUUACAAGAAGCAUCUGUCACGCCGACUUCUCAUGAAGCGGUCUGCCAGCAUGGAUGCCGAGCGACAAAUGAUCUCAAAGAUGAAGCUUGAAGUCGGGAAUCAAUUCACACAGCGCAUUGAAGCCAUGUUCAAGGAUAUGACCGUGUCCGAGGACCUGACUACAAGCUACAAGAAUCAUGCCGCCAAACACGCUGAUUCCGACAUUAAGCCUGUGGACUUGGAAAUCAAUGUGCUCACCAGCACUAUGUGGCCCAUGGAUAUCAUGCUCGCCUCUAAAGAAGGGACCAGGCAAGCAGGCUGUGUUUUCCCUAGAGAACUUGAAGGUCUCAAGCAAAGCUUCGAGAGAUUCUAUCUUGAUAAACAUAGCGGCCGCAAGCUCUCCUGGCAGGCUUCCAUGGGCACAGCCGAUGUGCGGGCAUCCUUUCGUCGCAGCAAUGGGAAGGUUCAGCGCUACGAGCUUAAUGUGUCGACAUAUGCACUGGUCAUUUUGAUGCUGUUUAAUGAUAUCCCAGAUGGAGAAUCACUCACAUAUGAGGAGAUUGUAUCGAGCACUCAAAUCCCCGAAUAUGACCUCGUUCGCAACCUCCAGUCUUUGGCUGUUGCUCCUAAAACACGUGUUCUGUUGAAAACCCCCAUGAGCAAGGAUAUCCAACCCACCGACCGCUUUCUCUUCAACAAUGAAUUCCAAAGCCAAUUCGUCAAGGUUCGCAUCGGUGUUGUUAGUGGUGGAGCCAAUAAGGUUGAAAACACGGAUCAGCGGAAGGAGACCGAGAAGAGGAUCAAUGAAGAGCGCUAUGGCCUUAUCGAGUCUGCCAUUGUGCGCACCAUGAAGCAACGGAAAACCUUGACUCAUACUCAGCUCAUGUCCGAGGUCCUUCCCCAACUGUCUGCGCGCUUUACUCCAGAUGUCAGCAUGAUCAAAAAGCGUAUCGAGAGUCUCAUUGAUCGCGAGUACUUGGAUCGAGUGUCUGAUGAACCGACGACCUACGAUUAUGUUGCCUAG